GCCCAAGCUAUGCAGAGCCAAAAUUUGGUCAAAGUUAUUCAACGAGAAAAGAAAGAAAAAAAAUGGUCAAAGUAGCUCCCGAAGAUUCAUGGAGAGGAAGAAAGGACAAUCGAAGCCGCCAUUAGAGCCAGCGGCGGACUAAAAAAUUACACGAUGCCCCUGCCGGCGGGGCAAUUCUUGGGUUUUGUUUAUUGGACCACUAACAGAGGGAUUGGGAUAAUAUAGAAAUAAAUUUUGAAAGAAGAAGAAGAAGGCUAAAGCGAUUGUUGCAGUGGAGCUGCAGCUGAGUGUGGCAAUGACCAAUGAUGACGACCGGCGGCUCCACCGCUUUAUCUUAAUAUAAAUAUUAAAAAAAUACCCUCGUUAGCUCUCCAGCGGUCUCCCGGAGUUGGGUAUUUCUCUGAAGCCCUUACCGAUCUCAGUCGUCCAUGUAAGUCCAGUCGCCGUCCUCCUUUUUGUUGCCCGAAUCCGGUGGUUUACUUCCUUCCUUUCUCGUCCCUUGUUCGUCAAUUGGUUGAAGUUGUUGAACUUCGUUUCCUUUUAGUUCCCGUGAGCUGAAAUCCAUUAUCCAGGACCCACAAUUUCUUGGGAUUGUUUUGUGAUAAUUUUGACUGAUUCUGUCUAGUAGAUUGCCUGUAGAUCGUGUUUGAAGGUUUAGCGUGAUCGUCUCUUUCAGCAAAAUGGCACGAUCUGCGAUCGACGAGCUGUCCCAUUCCGGUGCCUUUAUGAGAACUGCUUCCACUUUCCGGAACUUCAUAUCACGGGAAUCAAGCUCCCAGUUCCCACCGGAAUCUGGGAGGUACCAUCUCUAUAUCUCGUAUGCUUGCCCCUGGGCUUCCAGAUGCCUGGCUUACUUGAAGAUCAAAGGCCUCGACAAGCACGUUUCCUUCACUUCUGUGAAACCCAUAUGGGGCAGAACCAAGGACAGUGAUGAGCAUAUGGGAUGGGUUUUCCCCAAAUCCGACACAGAGGAACCAGGAGCUGACCCUGACCUUUUGAAUGGAGCACAGAGCAUUAGGGACUUGUACGAGCUCGCCAGCACUAACUACACCGGAAAGUACACUGUUCCUGUACUGUGGGACAAAAAGCUCAAGACCAUAGUUAACAACGAGAGUGCAGAGAUAAUUCGCAUGUUUAAUACAGAAUUCAACAGCAUAGCUGAGAAUCCGGCAUUAGACCUCUACCCUCCACACUUGCAAGCUCAGAUUGAUGCGGCCAACGAGUGGAUAUAUAGCGGGAUAAACAAUGGUGUGUACAGAUGUGGGUUUGCCAGGAAGCAGACCCCUUACGAAGAGGCUAUAAAAGAGUUGUAUGAAUGUCUGGACAAAUGUGAGGGCAUCCUGAGUAAGCAACGAUACAUAUGUAGAGAUGCAGUAACUGAAGCAGAUAUCCGGCUGUUCGUCACACUGAUCAGAUUCGAUGAGGUAUACGCAGUUCACUUCAAAUGCAACAUGAAGCUACUGAGGGAGUACCCAAACCUGUUCAAUUACACAAAGGACAUCUACCAAAUCCCCGGGAUGAGCUCUACUGUGAACAUGGCUCACAUCAAGCGCCACUACUACGGCAGCCACCCUUCCAUCAAUCCCUUCGGAAUCAUCCCUGUUGGUCCAGAUAUUGAUUACUCUUCCCCACAUGAUAGAGAAAGGUUCUAAUGAGCUUCUACCAGGAUGUAACUUGUUGGUGUUGUGUGGUUUGCUUUGUAGUCGGCAAGGAAUAAGGUGUUCUCCCAUGUAUUUGUGUUGUUGUUUCUGUUUUGGAGUCUAUUGUUUCUUGUAUGGCACGACAAUGGCGGAUCCAGAAAUUUUUUAUAGGGGUGUCCUUUUUAAAAAAAUAAAAUAAAUAAUUCAUAAAUAAGAAAAUACAUGACUAGUACAAAUUUUAACAAAAGGCCACAACGUGUUUUCAUAUUCUGAAAAAGAAUAUAAAAUAUACUCGACGUCUUUACUGCUCAACAAAUCUAUAUAUCAUACUAGACAAUAAUAUACGAACUGAUCUCAU